AUGAAGACGAGCCGCCGGUGCCGAGCCCUGCUGGCCGUGUGUCUGAACCUGCUGGCUCUUCUCUUCUCCACCACCGCCUUCCUCACCACGCACUGGUGCCAGGGGACCCAAAGGGUGCCCAAGCCCAACUGUGGUCGAGACAAGAAGACGAACUGCCUCAACUACAGCGGCAACGGCACGGCCAACGACACGGCCGGCUCCCACGGGGUGCACUACAGCUGGGAGACUGGCGACGACCGCUUCCUCUUCAGGUAUUUCCACACCGGCAUCUGGUACUCCUGUGAGGAAAACCUCAGCGGACUUGGUGAAACAUGCCGGAGUUUCAUUGACCUGGCUCCAGCAUCAGAGAAAGGUGUUCUUUGGUUGUCUGUGGUUUCAGAAGUGUUAUACAUUCUUCUCUUGGUUGUCGGAUUCAGUCUUAUGUGUUUGGAGCUCUUCCACUCCAGUAACGUCAUUGACGGGCUCAAGCUCAACGCCUUUGCUGCUGUCUUCACUGUGCUGUCAGGUCUCCUGGGAAUGGUCGCCCAUAUGAUGUACACUCAAGUGUUCCAGGUCACGGUCAGCCUGGGACCUGAAGACUGGAGACCUCACUCCUGGGACUACGGCUGGUCCUUCUGCCUGGCCUGGGGUUCUUUUACAUGCUGCAUGGCAGCCUCAGUCACCACAUUGAACUCUUACACCAAGACUGUCAUCGAGUUCCGGCACAAACGUAAAGUGUUUGAACAGGGAUUCCGGGAGGAGCCAACCUUCAUUGACCCAGAGGCCAUCAAAUACUUCCGGGAAAGGACUGAGAAAGGGGAUGGAACUGAGGAUGAGGACUUCCGACUAGACUGCCACCACAGCCGAUACCCAAAUCGACUGCAGAACACCCAUCUCUAAAUGAUACAAGAUCUCCAAGAAAACUUAGUGACUUCAUGGCCUAGCAAUCAUCCCAGUCUCCGAGUCCCCUGUACACCAUCCCUUCAGGAUCCGCCUGAAAGAACUCUACAGAGCAGAGCUAAGUGUCAUUAGAAGACUUCUAUGUUGUGAGAUCUUUCCCCUUGUCCUCCCACUCUUGACUUCAAGACAGCAGAAGCCCAGGCCCAGCAGCAUCUGGCCACUCCAGCUUAGCCCAUUCCGGAUACCAUGGAGUAUCCAGGCCCAUCUCCUUGAGGUUUUAUUUUCCCUUGUGCCUGGCCCAGAUGAUCACAGGAUGAGCCUAGUUCCAGCCCAGACAACCCCAGACUUGACCAGGCAA